CUUUCUCUCUCUCCGCUGUGGGUGCCGCCUUUUUUCCCUCCACGCACGGCAGCCAGCGGUGGUUCCAGAAGAGAGUCAGCGCGGAGAUUCUUGCAAGUCACUUUAAUCAAUAAACAGCAGCUCUCAGCAGAACUGACCCGUGCUCAUGCUUGAACUCUGGCACUAAGAAGGUUUUGAUGACGCGCUAGUUCUUGUUUUUUGAGCUCGAAUAGUACUUUGAUCGACUUUCGUUUAAGGCUUGAUAGAAAUAUUCUUUUAAGUAAGAUGCAAGGAAAUACUCAAUUCGUCAGCCCAUUUCAUAGACCAAGGUGUCUGGCAGCGGCAGCACCCGGAGGAAAAGCUAAAUUAACUCAUCCUGGCAAAGCGAUUUUAGCAGGUGGCAUAGCAGGAGGUAUAGAGAUCUGCAUCACCUUCCCUACAGAGUAUGUGAAGACCCAGCUACAGUUGGACGAGAGGGCCAACCCACCCAAAUACAGGGGGAUCGGGGACUGUGUGAAACAGACAGUCCAGGGUCAUGGAAUCAGAGGGCUGUACAGAGGGCUGAGUUCACUGCUCUAUGGAUCCAUACCCAAAUCAGCUGUCAGGUUCGGAGUGUUUGAGUUCCUCAGUAACCAUGCGCGUGAUGAGUCCGGCCGCCUGGACAGCACCCGGGGGCUGCUGUGUGGGCUGGGCGCCGGAGUCAUGGAGGCCAUUGUCGUCGUCUGCCCCAUGGAGACUAUUAAGGUGAAGUUUAUCCACGACCAGAGCUCUGCCAACCCUAAGUACAAAGGCUUCUUCCACGGAGUCCGAGAGAUUAUCAGAACACAGGGUGAGACAUGGAGAUGGGAGGGGGGGGGGGGGGGUGGGGCGGGACCAGGAUCCAGAUAA